CAUCUCCUUGCCAUAGUCUCUCCAUUCUGUGCGUACAUUAUCUUCUUACAAGACAAUGGUCAAGGUUGCUAUGCUCCAUUUAAGCAACUAGAAUGCUCUUGUAACUCUUUCUAAAUAUUAGCAGCCUAGUUUUUAUCCUUUGUCAGUUUGUCUCUGAUUUUUUUUAUCUUUAUUAACUUUUUAUAAGCUUGCCCCUCAAGCAGAUGUCGAUAGAACAUUUGAUAGAAAUGCUAAUUAAUUGGUAUAAUUCAUGUAUUCUCUGCAGCUACAGAAAGAUUUGGAAGAAGUGAAGGAGCUUUUGAAAAGGGCAACAAGAAAGAGAGUCAAUGACUUCCUACUGGCAGAAAAAAACAAAAUAGAGAGGGAAAUCAAGAACUGGCAGCCGCUGAAGCUAAAAGCUGAAGGACCUGAAGAAGAAAAACCAACAGUCACUGGAUACACAGUGAAAAUCAACAAUUAUGCAUGGGAUCAGUCUGAUAAAUUUGUGAAAAUCUACGUCACAUUAAGUGGUGUUCAACAUCUGCCAACUGAGAAUGUUCAGGUGCACUUUACGGAAAGUUCAUUUCAUCUGCUGGUGAAAAAUUUAAAUAACAAAAAUUAUACAAUGACGUUCAACAACCUUCUGAAACCAAUCUUAGCUAAAAGCAGUUCAUGGAAGAUCAAAACGGAUAUGAUCUUGAUAUUAUGUAAAAAGCAGCAAGGAGAAAAAUGGGAGUGUCUAACACAGGUUGAAAAAGAGACUAAGGAAAAAGAGAAAGCUUCCUAUGAUACAUCUGACCCCAGUGAAGGACUGAUGCAUCUACUGAAAAAGAUGUACGCAGCUGGAGAUGAUGAUAUGAAGAGAACACUUAACAAAGCUUGGGUGGAGAGCCGAGAAAAACAAUCCAAAGAUGGUUUGCCAUUAGACAUUUAAACAAGUGUUGAAGACUGCGCUUGCUAAUUUAAUCUACAUUUCAUGUAUGGAGGUUCUGCUGCAAUAUUCUGUUCACAGAGGAUGUGCUUUUUAUAUAAGCAUCUUCAAAGCAAAGACUACGAAAUUUAUGUUUCGGAUUGGAGAUGGGAAAUAAAAUAUGCUGUAAAACUUCUC